UCAGCAGGGCAUCUGCGAGUGAUGGAAGAAAUCCCUGAAAUUCGACGUGGCUCCGAUUCAGCUUUGUCGCAGUUCCUCCGCGGAGACUUGCAAAUCGACAUGCCUGAUUUCGUCGACACGAGUGUGUUUAAGACUAUUUUCAACCAAGCUCGUAGAACUCCAGCCAAAGGCGAGGAGCGGAUGACAACUGUUCGAUGCUUACAGAUAUUGAAAGAGACUGUUGGGAAGAGAAAAAUUUCGAAGAAGCCAACGACAGUGUCGCGACAAUUCGAGUACUCAUUAAGUCGCUUAAUGAACACUCUCGCCCAUUCGUCGCCUUACUUCAUUCGCUGCAUCAAAAGUAACAACGAUAAGAUCCCCAACCAUUUCGAUGAUAACAUCAUCCUUCGCCAGCUUCGCUACACGGGAAUGCUGGAAACGGUUCGGAUUCGAAGAGCUGGUUACAGUGUGAGAAUUGAAUGGGAUGCCUUCAUCCAACAAUACAGAAUUUUGCUGAAGAAAGGGCUUGCUAGCACAAAAGAUGAUGUAAAAGACUUUCUCAACAAUCAUCCAUCCAUUGCUGUGGAGAACAUCCAGUAUGGCGUGAGCAAGAUCUACAUGAGAGACGCGGAAAAAUUGAUACUCGACGAUCACCUCCAUAAAGUGAUUAUGCAACAUAUCGGCCUUGGUGAGGGGGGUCUUGGCAAGAAACCAACUGAGAAAACAGGCUUAUGCUGCGCUCGUUAUUCAAUCCAAUUGGAAGAGAUAUCGCGAAGAGAGACGCUACAGGCUAUUAAGAGAUGCUGUCAUCGCUCUACAAUCCGCAUACAGAGGUUGGGCGAAAUCCCCAGAUCUCGAGAUCUUGCUAAGAUACGAGUGAAGAGAAUCCAAGCGGUCAAGCUCCCAGUGUUCGAUCUCAACGAUCCUCAAUCGUUAGCAGCUUUUGCCGGCAGUGAUGAUGACUUCAGCAGGCAUGCACAGUAUCUCUGCAUUUUCAUUUAA